CGUCAUCGGCAGGCGCCGGCGCGGAGGCCAUGGCGGAGGCGGGCGAGCAGGGCCGGGAGGAGGCCGCGGCCCCCAGCCGCGAGGAGCCCGCGCCCGCAGCCUCGUCCCCGGCCGGGGAUGGGCCGGAGGCCGCGGAGGACCCGGCGGUGGCGGCGGAGGGCGAGGGGGGAGAGGCCGGCGGGGCCGGGGAGCACAAGGCGGAGGCGCUGGACGGGGAGGUGAGGAGCAACGAGGGGGAGGCCGUGGACGGGGAGGACCCGAGCCUGCAGCCCUCGGCGGCCAAGAAGGUGAAGCUGGAGCUGAAGGAGCGGAAGGAAAAGAAGCACAAAGUGGACGAGGACGAGAUCCAGAAGAUGCAAAUACUGGUCUCUUCCUUUUCCGAAGAACAGCUGAAUCGCUACGAGAUGUAUCGCCGCUCUGCCUUCCCCAAAGCUGCCAUUAAACGGCUGAUCCAGUCCAUCACCGGCACCUCGGUCUCUCAGAACGUGGUUAUCGCCAUGUCGGGCAUUUCCAAGGUCUUCGUUGGAGAGGUGGUGGAAGAAGCUCUGGAUGUGUGUGAAAAGUGGGGGGAGCUGCCCCCUCUGCAGCCUAAACACAUGCGAGAGGCUGUCAGGAGGCUGAAGUCACGAGGACAGAUCCCAAAUUCCAAAUAUAAAAAGAUCAUCUUCCACUGAAGCAUCCCAAGAGCAGCAGGAGAAGCCAGAUGUUAGAAGAAGCUUCCAGCUGUGCUCCUCACAGCAGCUGCAGCAGAGCCACGAGACUGAAGCGCUCCCAGCCUCUUGCUGCCUGCAGUCUUCUCUAAGAACCUGCACCAAAACGCUCUCAGUUCAACUUGAUUUUAAGUAACUUUAGCAUCAAGGUUUGUGGGGCUUGUUUGCAGUUUACAAACAGCCAUUAAUGCUCCCAACACGGCUCAUGGGGUAAAAGAAGUGCUACAGCUGAAGUUCAUCGGGUGCAGUUACCCCAUCAGCCUUAUCCUGGCGUGAGAGGCUCCCCUUCCAGGAGCCCAAAAGCAGCAGGUUGUGCACAGGCUCUUGUUUAAGGAACCCCAGGCAGGCUUCCUGCAGUGACUGCUGAAGGCUGGCUUGUCAUCUUAGUGCCGUGCAGGAGCCAAAUCCCCGACCGGGUGCCUCAGGGUCUUUUGGCCCAGCAGCCUGGGGAAACGAACAUUCAGCUUCUUCAGCGUACUUACCCCCCAGGACCAUACCUUCUGCUGGCACAGACGUGGCGGUAUCUCUGUACAGAAGUGGUUUUUUUUGUACAUUAAACUUGUUGUUAUAUUCUUAGUCUUGCUGGGACAGCAAGUA